GUCGAAACAAACUGGAAUAACUACUACUUUGUUAUCUGUAUCGUCCAAAACUUGAAUAUGAAGUCCUUGAAGUGAAAAAUAGUUUCACAAAAUAAAAUGCUACGUUAACGUUGACCUGUGGGUGGCAGUAGCACGCCCAGAGGAGUCUACACUGGCGGAAAUGGAAAAAAAAAGAAGAAGAAAGCUAGCUGCAGGCAGCAUGGCUCCAAAGCUAAACAUGGAAGAAGAUAUUAUAUACACGCUUAAAAACUUCUCCAACCUGGACUACCAAACCCAACUGGAUUUAAUCGACCAAGGAAGGCCGAUGCCGGAGAUUCGAGACGUGCUUCCGAAAUCGUCUCGCUCAUUUCGAACCGAGUGGUACGCGCGGAAGGACUGGCUGUGCGGCUGCCCCGCACGAAGUCGCCUCUUCUGCUUCCCUUGCUUGCUCUUUUCCACCCGUGACAGCGUGUGGACACAAAAUGGAUAUUGUGACAUGAAAAACCUACAGAGAAGCCUUGGCAAACACGAAAGAUCCACUUCUCACAUCCAAAGCCAGAUCGCCUUGAAAACAUUCGGCACAUCGAUGAUAGAUUCGGCUGCGGACGAGCAGCGCAGACUUGCCGUGAGCAUCCACAACGCCAAGGUAAAAGAAAACCGAGAGAUUUUGAAGCACCUCAUCGACGCGACCUGUUUCCUCGCCAAACAGGGGCUGCCGUUCGGCGGAAACUUUGUGGAGCUCGUACGAGCUUUCGCCGAGAACGAUGACAAUUUAGCGAGGCAUUUGGAAACGCCGACCGCGUUCUCCGGCACGUCGGACGCAAUCCAGAAGGAUUUAAUCGAAGCAGUCGCUGACGUCAUUCGAAGCGACAUUAAAAAGGAGAUUGAAGCGGCUCCGUUUGUUGCCUUGGAAGUCGGCGAGACGACAGAUGACACGAACGAGGCGCAAAUAUUUGCGGUGUUGCGCUACGUGGCGACCAGUGAGGUCGGAUGUGAAGUCAAGGAGGCGUUUUUCGGGUUGAAUGACAGACGAGCUCCUGCUGUUGAGGAGGACGUCUUGGGAGUGUUGGAGAAGUAUGACUGCGUUCAGAAGCUCGUCGCGCAGACUUACGAAGGAACUGAUGGGAUGUCAUCCAACUUGAAAAGGUUGCAGGCACAACUGGAAGACAAAGCACCCGAAGCUAUGCGCUGUUACGCGCGCAAACCCAAUCUGGUUUUGUGGCAUUCGGCAAAAGGCAUCCCUGCCUGUAGGCGCUUUUUAAAAACCGCGGACGGACUAGGGAGAUUUUUUACAAAAUCCGCAAAGCGCAGCAGCUUGCUGGAUGAUGUGGUCCAGCGACGGUUACCCGGGGCAGCGCCCACGCGAUGGAGCUCAAAUGCCACACUCUUGAAGGCAAUCAGUAAGUAUCAAGUUGAUUUGUGCGCCGCAUUGCGCAUUAUAAGUGAAAAUCCCCACAGCUGGGACUGCGACACUCUCUUGUUGGCCACCGGAUACGAUCAGUGGCUGUCCAAAGCCUCCACGUGCUUCUUGCUCCUGGUUUACGAGGACAUUGCCACUGAAACGGAUGCGCUUUUUCGAGGGCUUCAAAACAAAACGAUGGACGUUGAAUAUUGUCGCGAACGAAUCCGCGACACACUGGGAAGCGUGGAACGCAGGAAACCGAAGUUUGACACUUUCAACGAGAGAUUUGAGCAGAGAUGUGCCACGCUUGGCCUGACGGACCCCGAAACUAAAACUGGUCAUCAAUCUCUCAGAGAUGAAAGGAAAUUGAUGUAUGAUCAGAUUCUGGACAAUGCCAGUGUCCAAAUGAGAACUCUAUUGGAUCAUUUUGGCGAGCUUGCAUUCCUUGAAUUGGUUGACUGCUCAAAAUUUAGUGAUGUGUCGCAGAUGUGUUUUUAUGAGAGCAAAGUGCGGAGUCUGUCAAAAUAUGACCGGUUCUUUGAUUUUGUGAGACUCAAGGCCGAUCUGGUCGGACUGUGUUCUUCACAAACCGUUAGGAAUGAAUGUCAAACUCCCGAGGAGCUUCUCAGCUUUUUGGCCAAACAGGAUUUGAUCCAGACUGUGCCGGAGGCGACAAAGCUACUCCAGCUUGCCCUCACUUUGCCAGCUACAACAACGUCCGACGAACGGUCAGUCUCAACGUCGAAACGACUCGAAACAUUUGCACGGAAUCGCCCGGAUCAAGGAAGACUUGGUUCACUGGCGACCAUCGCUAUGGAGACGGCGAGACUUUCCGAGCUGAAACAAUCGGAGGACUUUUACAACCGAGUUACAGAGAUGUUUAUUCAGAGAGGGAAGCGCCCGGACUUCAUCUACAAGUGAUGGUGCAGACGAACGCGUUCACCGUCAUCUUCGACGAGAGGUUCUCGGUGGCGAUUGACGUGUGCGCCCUGGAGGAGUGCAGCCUCCGUUUCGCCGCCUUCGGCAUCGAUAGCGA